AUGGCUCAAUCCACCGAGCCGCGGAGGCGGUUCGCCCCCGUGCCUAUCGAGACCACCUUCGAGUCUGUACGCAAGACUUCAGAGCAACAGCCGCAGUCGCAACAACACCAGCAUCAGACAGGCCCAGCACCUGAGUUGACUCCCGAACACACCCCGCGAACGCCCUCUCCCAAUCCUUUCGAGCAGCGGAUGCAGCAACCGCCGCCCCAAUUGCACACUCUGCAAACCCAGCCGGCACCGAGACGCCGCUUCGCUCCCCAACUUAUCGAGACCUCUAGGCGCGCCCGUAGGGAGGGCGACGCUGGUCCUGCCACUCGCCCGACCGAUAAGACCGACAUCACACCCUACACGAACCACAUCUACCUCCAACGGAACAAGUCGAGACGCAAGUUGAACGAUGGCGCUGCCUCACCCGCUUCCCAGUCUCAACAAAUUCAGAGGCAACCUAAGGGCGCACGAAGAGAGUCGGAAGACGAGAAUGCAGGCACCUACAUGUUGGAAUGGGCUGCCAUGGAGGCUGAGCGCCAGAUGCAAGAGGCUGCUCUGGCCGCGUUCCCCAAUAGUCGCCCGCGUGAGGGAGGCGCCGCUCAUUUCUACUUCAGAGAGAGUUCGGGGGACGACAGCACGCCAGAGAGCAUCUCACCACAGCAAAGCGGCACUCAGGCCAAGCCAAGGGGCCGCCAUGGCCAUGCUCCUCGCCGCAAGUCUUCAGAGGUUGGAUAUUGGCAAAAGGAGAUGCAAAAGCAUGCCCAGGAUUUGGCUGUUGCCAGAGGCGAGCACGCGCCUGUUUUCGACGAUGACGACGACGAAAGCACCAAGAAUGAUUCCGAACUCGAUAGGAUGGAACUUGACACACCGCCGGAUCCCAUGUGGUUGACUAACAAGAGAAACCACACAACCGACAACAGUUCCCAGGGACCAUUGGAACCGAUUGGCGAGACUUUCAUGCCGCUGAUCGCGCCUGACCCAAUCACUACCCAAGAUGCGCGCCGUCCGGAGCUUCCUCCCCCAGAGUCGGUGAGUAAGCCAAUUGGCGAAACCGGCAUGCCAUACAUACCGCCAGCUGCGGCCAGCAAGCCUGCCCAAGUGCCCAUCGCCGCACCUGCGCAGGUCGUUCCCGAGACUGGCUUCCGAAAGCCCCAAGGCGGAUUUGGCCGCCCGUUCGGUAACUUCGGACUCCCUGCGGAGACAAGCGAGUUUCGCAAGAUGCGCAAGGCGGCGUCCCCGCCGAUGCUGGGCAAGGACAUUGUUUUCCGAAAGUGCCCCUCGCCGAAGCAGACCAAACUUGAGCCUGACCACCCCUUCACCGAAGGCCCGACCAUGGAGGAAAGAAACAGGGAUGCCACGGGAGAAGCCGGCUUGUGGAGGGGCUACUGCUUCCGGGGCAGCGAAAGCGAUCAGGCCAUUGCACCACCGCAUCAUCAAGGACCCAAUUUGCUGCAUACACCGCUUCCAGCCGCUACCCCUGCUGCGGACCCAUUCGCUGCAGCCUUUAGCAAGAGCUCAUUGACGGAUGAGCCUGGAUCGGACUAUGCGUCUGCGACUCUGACACCAAACACAGCUGAGCAUCGCGUUCGAUCGGGCGAGGCCAAGGGUCUUCACAUGCUUGCUGGCCUUGAGGACCGCCUCAAGCGCGAAAAAGCUUUGGAGGAAAAGAUUGCAUCGGAAUUCGACGACAUCUUCAUUACCCAGGUUUACAAUUACUUGUCACUGGGAUACCCCGCCAUGGCACGGUCCUUUGACGAGGAGCUUGCCAAGAUUUCUCAGACGAGUGUCGAGGAGCUGGAAGCCGACGACGCAAAGCAGAUGGCAAGCGGUCAUUUGAUGGAACCGGCUGAGGCCGAGAUGGCGGAGGAGAAGAGGUGCCCAAGAUGGAAGGCAUUGAAGGCCUACAUCUACGAGUGGGCUCGACAACACCCGGAUCUGGACAGCCUGGAUUCCCUUGCAUGGGGUGUACGAGAGAGACGAGGCAGCUGGGCCAUCUAG